AUGAGCCAGGUGCUGCGGAAGCCCCAGCUGGAGGAGGAGGGUGAGCUGGUGGUGCUAGCGGACUACGGAGAUGGGUCCCACUCCUUGGAUGCCAAGCCGGACACCAGGGCGGAGGAGGCAGUUCUGGACUUUAGCGACCCCCUUAGCACAGAGGUGAAGCCAAGGAUCCUGCUCGUGGGCCUAAGAAGGAGCGGCAAGUAA